GAGGAGAACACAUAGCGCUUCAAAAGCAGAAGGAAUCGAAGGUGCUCCCCAGGGUUGGACGCUUCCUCGGUUUGAGAUGCAUACAAAGGAAGUCGGAGCCCUCUGGGGAUGUUUCUUCCUGUGGAAUCUCUACAUCUCAUCCGCCCAGACCGUUUACCCUGGAAUCAAGGCCAGGGCUACUCAACGGGCUCUGGACUAUGGUAUUCAAGCUGGGAUGGAGAUGAUUGAGAAAAUGGUUAAGGAAAAAGACAUCCCAGACUUAAAAGGUUCUGAAUCUCUGGAAUUUCUGAAGGUUGAUUAUGUGAACUACAAUUUUUCAAACAUAAAAAUCAACGCCUUUUCAUUUCCAAACACUUCAUUAGCCUUUGUGCCUGGGGUGGGAAUCAAGGCACUGACUAACCACGGCACUGCCAACAUCAGCACCAAUUGGGAAGUCAAGUCUCCGCUCUUCCAAGACACGGGAGGAGCUGAUCUGUUUCUCUCUGGGGUCUACUUCACCGGUAUCGUUGUCCUGGCCCGCAAUGACUUUGGUCACCCAAUCCUGACGCUCCAAGACUGCUAUGCCCAAGUGAAUCAUGCCCACGUCUCCUUUUCCGGAGAACUCAGUGUCCUGUACAACUCCUUUGCUGAGCCCAUGGAGAAACCCAUUUUAAAGAACCUAAAUGAAAUGCUCUGUCCCAUCAUCAUGAAUGAGGUGGAAGCCCUGAAUGUCAACCUCAGCACGAUAGAGGUUUUAACCAAGAUAGACAACUAUACUUUGCUGGAUUAUUCCCUAAUCAGUUCUCCAGAAAUUACUGAGAAUCACAUCGACCUGAAUUUGAAGGGCGUAGUCUACCCACUGGAAGACCUCACUGACCCGCCCUUCUCGCCAGUUCCUUUUGUGCUGCCGGAACGCAGUGACUCUAUGUUGUAUGUUGGAAUCUCUGAGUUUUUCUUUAAAUCUGCAUCCUUUGCCUACUUUACAGCCGGAGCCUUCAACGUCACCCUCUCCACAAAAGAGAUUUCCAACCAUUUGGUUCAAAACUCUCAAGGUGUUGGCAACGUGCUCUCCCGGAUCGCAGAGAUCUACAUCUUGUCCCAGCCCUUCUUGGUACGAGUCAUGGCAACGGAGCCUCCCGUGAUCAGGUUACUACCGGGUAACUUCACCCUAGACAUCCCUGCCUCCAUCAUGAUCCUCACCCAGCCCAAGAACUCAAGUGCUGAAGCCAUCGUUUCCAUGGACUUUGUUGCUAGUACCAGUGUUGGCCUGGUCAUUUUGGGACAAAGACUGGUCUGCUCAUUGUCUCUGAACAGAUUCCGCCUCUCUUUACCAGAGUCCAAUCGCAGCAACAUUGAGGUCUUGAGGUUUGAGAACAUUCUGUCCUCCAUUCUCCACUUUGGUAUCCUCCCACUGGCCAACGCAAAAUUGCAGCAAGGAUUUCCCCUGCCCAACCCACACAAGAUCUCCUUCGUCAAUUCAGAUAUUGAAGUUUUUGAGGGUUUCCUUUUGAUUUCCACCGACCUGAGGUAUGACACGUCCUUAAAGCAGCAGCCAAGCUCCCAUGGUUGGGAAGGUCUGAACUUCAUAAGUGGACAGUGGAAGGGGAAGCCAGCCGCCUGAUUUCCUGCUUGGAGUCCACUCCAGGAAGUAGAUGGCCCUUAAUCCCACAGCUACUGUAAACCCGGAAGGGGCAGACGUACACACCUGACUGUAGGCCCUUGUGAAAUGUUCAGGCUGACAGUUUUCCUUCUCAAACCCUCAGGGACCGAAGGAGGCAAACUGGGUUAAAGAGCUAAGUCAGGGUGUGUGUCUCCAUGUGCAUGGAGGGUUGGGUGAUUGGAUGUGUGCUCGUGUUUGAAUGCACAUUUGUGUGCUCCUGUGUUAAGGUGCCGGGGCCAAGAGCUAGGUACGCACUUCUGAGGAGGUGCCUGGAAAACUCUGAUUUGCAUGAGUUGUUACUGGGGGAAGUUGCCUUGAACUCUCUCAGCACCCCAGGGUUUCCCACACUUCCCUGUGUAUUGGAUUUUAUGUUUUAUAUUUACUGUCACUGUCCUCUGUUUUUAAUUAAUUUUGUUUUCU